AUGACCACCACUGCCCCUGCCCCCAUCGUCCGUCCCCGCCUCUCCUCCACGCUCUUUGCGGAGCGUGACGGUCUUGAGCAGGACAUCCGCAACAACGACGCGAAGAUCGCCCGAUUGGCCGUCUCGCCCAGGUGGAACUGGCUGGAGCUCCGCACAGCCCGCAUCGUGAAGCGGAGCUUUGAGCGCAGCCUCAUCCUCUUGGGCAUCGAGAUCGAUCUCGCCUUGGAGCGCGAGAUCCAGAACAUGGAGUGGCUCAUGUCACAGAGCCAAGAGGAACUCCGUGCCCGCAUCGAUCUGGCCUUCAGGACGGUCUACUCCCGGUAG